AUGGAAAAUCACUCAAUUUACUCCGGCCGCCGCUUAGAGGCGGCGGACGGGCUGCGUCGUCCUUUGGCGGCCGAGUCUCUAGCUGGGCCCUCUCCCUCCCUUAACCCAUCGGGAAAUACAUGGGGAAGCAAUAGAGGAUAUACUUCGGGAGUCCCUGAUGGGAGAAGAGAAUCUGCUCCAUCUAUUAACUCUUCCUCCCGCAGUCAUCGGGCCACGCCUUCAGGUGCUGAGAGGCCGACAUCACCCGCUUUCAUGAAGCUGCUCUCUCAGCGGUCUCCCAAGACGCCUCCUUCUGACGGUUCUCGCAGUCCUACGGUCAUGUCUCGGCUUGCGGGGAGACGCCGAGUCAGCAGCCCCACCAUAGCUGCUCGGGCCUGGUUGGAUGCUUCGUCCCCUUCGCCAUCGCAGGCCCCCUCCGCCCACGCGCUGGAAAUUCGCAAGGAGGGAACAGCGGAAACCCAUCACCCACACACCGUCCUUUCCCGCUCCCGCGGCAGGUCAGAGAGAAAGAAGGGCCGUGAUGAAUCAAAGGAGCUCGGGGGACGACCUAGCAGCAGUCGUGGCCAUGGCCGCCGCCGCAAAAGUCACAGCAACUCCCGACAAGAAACCCAAGAUAGGAGGAGGAAAGAAGGGACUGUUCUCUCUCCAAUCAGACGCACUCCUGAGGAGCGUCUUCACAAAGGCCUGUCCCGGCCUCCUCCUAAGAGGGUUACUUCGCCUCGCCGCCUCCCACCUCCCACAUUUGAAAAGAUAUUGUUGGGGUUGGUAGACGACGACUUCACCACAGGAAACGACGAAGUAGAUGUAUUCAGCGCUGAGACGAAACAACAACAGAAAACAGCUCCUCCUUUUGCAAAUCAAACUGAAGAGGAGUGCAUUUCUGUUUCUGUCGAUCAUGCCGACUGUUUGCAAGACGAAGGACACAAUUCAACAGCGUUUACUCCACACUCCUCAGCUCGAUCGUCUCUAGAUACCAGAUAUGAAUCUUACUCUCAACAAGAUGGCGUCAUACCUGAGCAUUAUCUUUAUAUUCCCCCUUUGCGCCUUUGUGGGAACUCCGGAGGCGAGCGGCGCCCCGUCCCCGCACUGAUGCAGCCUACAGAAGAUGAAGGACAGGUUUCCGUCAGGGAAGAUCGGCGACACAUCGCGACACUUUUCUCGCUGGAAGCUGCAGAGUCUCAUGCGCAAAAAGCGCGUCUUCAGGAGCAGCUCAAAGAAACGAGUCCUUUCCGUCUGACAGAGGUUGUCGGUCCAUGUACUUCCCAGAGUGAUGUGGUUGACGGAGUAGAGAUCAUCGGCCCCCCUCCAGGGAAGUCGAAGCGCCGCCAGCGCUCAACGCUUUUAGAAACCAUUGUGCGGGAACAUGACUGGGAAUCGGAAGGGCAAACGUUAGACGAGAACAUUCGCAUAUAUGCAGAGCAAACACAACAGUCACAAGCUUCAGAAGCAUCACGCUGGCAGUUCUUUGCCAGCGAUGAAGAACUGGAAGGAGAAAGCGCAAGACCCGAACUACCUGAUGGCGGGCUAAGCAGUCCUCGCGCUACCGAGCAGGCUAGUCUCACAGACUUAGAUUUGCAAGCAGCGGCAGCGCAAGCAAGCGAUUCGCGUGAGAUGCCUCAGGAAGAGUGCGGCAGCGAAGAUGUUCCGGGAGCAUUUGAUGCUGUAUGGGGGCGUUCUGCGUGUCUUGCUCAAGCUGCCAACGAUUGCCGCAGCAAAGCAAGUAGCCAUUCAGACAGCUGGGAGGACCUACACGAGCUGUACAAGGCAAACGGUGAUGUUUGCACAAUGCGAAGAAUGGUAGAUUUCCUGAGUCACGCAUCACUGCACUCUGAAGACGGCGGAGCGGACAGCAGGGGCGGCCAAGACGCAGCUUUGGCAGAGGACUCUGAUGCUUCUUUCAGUAACGCGGCAACUGCAACAGAGGGCUCCUCCUCAGCAGCAAGAGCACCAACAACGCAACCAGCAGCCGUGCAACUGGACGGAGACCCUAAAAAGGAGCCGGUGCUGCGUUCGGGGGAGCCAGGGGAGUGGGAAGUGCGCUACUCCACAGCAGACGGUCUUUCCAACAGCGCCGAACAGUCACCUUUCAACUGUGAAGGGGCCAUGUCUGCGGAUUUACCAAUGCAAGAAGAUACGACGCAACGAGCUUUUGAGGACCAGAACCAAACAGUGGAGUUUGAAGAAGAACAGGAGAUGCGAGAAGACACGCACACUCAGCCAUCAAGGUACCUCGACGAUCGGGAAGCCUCAUCAGGCCAGUUUCCCGAAGAGCCUCCAAGCGCAGCAUCCAGAGAACAAGCAGGCGGACCCGUUCUGGACCCCACACGAAUGAGCAGCUACAGCAGCACUCGCUUGUUUUCCAUGGGCAGCAAUGAGCCGUCAAGAUCUGCUUCAAAAGGAGCUCCAACAGGCCACUGUCUUACUAGUGAACUGCAACUUGCUGCUGCCGCCCUAGAUACUCGACUCAGAUCCGUUCAGUCCAUCGCAAACGAAGAGGCACCAACAAAGGCGGCAGCAUCACGAAGCUCUCCUACAUUCACUCCCCGUAGCAGGAGAUCGGCUUCUCGCAAGCGUCGGCGACCACUUAAAGAGGAAGGCAUAAGAACCUCUUCUGCUUCAUCGUAUGCAGGGGGACGGGCAGAUGAAGAGUGGGGAGGAUCUCGUGAAAGCAAGUGCGUCAGCAGCAGCGCAACUCAGGCUGGGGGGCUGGAGAAUUGCUUGUCCGGGCAUCGUCAAAUUGAAGGGCUGCUGUGUACAGGGUUGCUGACAACGAACCGAGCAGAACUGCCUGCAACAGCAGCAGGAGCCUUAGCACCUGCUACCGCAGGAGCAGACGCUGCUGCAGAGCCAUGGGCACGAGUGAAAGAGCAUUUUCAAGCAGAUGCUUUGAAACCACCCAACGAUACCAAUGCUGCGGAGGCAGAUGCUUGGCACGAAGGCAGCACCGUCCCUGCUCAUGACGCUGAGCACGAAGGAGGAGACGGCCAGGGCACCAGCCGCCGAGAUAGCAGCUCGCUCUGUGAAGGCAACGGGCCAGGACCCUUUCGCCACAGCGUUUCUCUCCCGCCCUCUCGCGCUCCAGACCCAGCAGUCGCCCGUUCCACUGAAGUCGUCGAGGCAAUUAAUCGAGCCAUCAGCGGAGGCCCGCGUUUAUUCGUUGGGCUCGCUGUAGCACUCUCGUUUGUCAUCUCACUCUGCAUGGGAGCUGUACAGAUGACGGCUUCUCUCUUCAAGUGGAAAGCGCUGAAGUGCUCCCUCGAUCUGGACCUCCGCGAGCGCAUCUUUGCAUCGAUGAAAAGAUUGCGUGCACCAGAAAACGAGGGCCUUCCAUCAAUGGAAGGCAUGGGAGAGUGCGGCAAGCUACUGCAGCUCUUGUGCGCUUCCUUCAUUGAUUUGUUAACGCAAGGCUCUCCUCGCCUAGAUGUCAUCCGCACUAUGGAGCAGCGUCAUAUUGCGGCGAAUGCUUUUGCCGGGCUCUUGGCUGCUGCUUUCAUUGCCGGCCUCGCGCGCAGCGGACAGGCGGUGGACGCUUCAAGCCGUUUCCAGUUUCAGGCCGGAGAUGCUGUGGCGGUCGUUGUGGCCUUAUUGUAUUCCGUUUUGCUGCUUGUACUUUCAUAUUCUUUGGCAACUCCGCCGACUCCAGCUGCCGUACGGCGGGCUGUUGACAAGCACUCGAAUUUUCAAUAUCUGUGGAGCCUUAAGUUCGCGGACUUUCUGCUCGACCGAAGAGCCGUCACUCCAAAGUCCGUGCAGGACCUUUGCUUACGUUCGAUAGAUGUGCGUCAUUCUUGCCUUUUUGGUUCCCCCUUAAACCGUCGUCCGUUCAAACAAGAAGGAAUGCCUGCCAUUUGUUUUCGUGGAGUUUCAAAUCCAUUCCUAAGCAAAUAUACAACGGCAAAGGCCGUCCUGCAUCCGGGUGGUGGCGUUUCGUUUGACUGGUUUCAAGACUUACAGAAAGGCCAGCGAGUUCUUAUAACGCUGACAAGCGCCCCCAGAAGGCAGAUGAUCGGCAGGUCCACAGCUGCGCCUUCGGUAUACCUCAACCUAGUUUGGCAUGCUGCAGGAGGACACAACGGGGUCAUUUGUGAACAGCAAAAUACGGCGUUACCUCAGCGAGGCAGAGAGGCGGGUCUCGCCAGCAUCCUGCGAAUUUCCUCUGGUGCUCCACAUCCCCACAACCGCCUUCACCUGUGGGAAGCGUUGGCAUUGCGACCCUAG